AUGUCUGAUCAAGAGCAGACUAACGCCUGGAACAUCCAUCAUCAUAUUCUUCCAGUACCAGCUAUAAUGGAGGACCUAGAAGCACAGCUUAAAGCCUCGGUUUAUCUUAGUGUGGCAAAGAUGGUGGAGGAACAAACUGGCGAAUUGUCUGUAUCGGCCAGCCCUUCCUUCAUCGCAUCGCUAGUGGAAAUUGUGUACAAUCAAAUCGUUUCUUUAGGAACAGACUUGGAGUUGUUUGCGGACCACGCCGGUCGUAAUGUGAUCAAUUCCUCGGACAUGUAUAUGGUGACCCGGAAGAACGACACACUCACGAACGCCUUGAAGGAGUACGAGAAGUCUAGGAACGAUAAGAGCUAA